GGUGAUGCUUGGCACUGGUUAUCGGAGCUACUCUGCCUUCACCAUGAAGUUCAGCAGCUUCUUCCCUUUCGCGGUGCUUCUUGCUCUGGCGAUCCUGGCAUCCUGGACUGUGGAAGGAGGCAAAAAUGAUGCUAUCAAAACUGGAGCCUGCCCUUCUAACAAGCCUGCCAAGUGCCUUAGGAGAGAGAAAUCAGAGUGUGAUUCUGACUGGCAAUGCCCUGGGGAAAAGAGGUGCUGCCAAUUUCGUUGUGGUUUCAAAUGCCUUAAUCCUCUUCCCAUCCGCAGACCAGUGAGGACGAAGCCUGGGAGGUGCCCAAAGAUUCAAGGACGAUGUCUGAUGCUGAAUCCUCCCAAUAAGUGUGAGAGGGAUGGCCAGUGCUAUGGCAACUAUAAGUGCUGCCAGGGCAUGUGUGGGAAAAUCUGCCUUCCCCCACAGUAA